GGCAGAGCAGAGGGGAGAGAUUGGCAACAGGUUUCACUGCACUGGCCAACGCACUGUACCACAGACAUCUACUCACAUGGAUACAGCUGUCAAGACUUGAGCUGUCAGACUUUCUUUUCAUGCGGUUUAGUUUUUAUUUGGUGGAUUUUUUUGUAUCUCCUAGAGAAUUAUAAACAAUGAUUAAGACAAUCGUCCAACAAGUGAAGAAACACCCUGGGUUAAUCCCACAGUUUUUCUUCACAACUCUGGGCAUCACAGGGGCCAUCCUCUACCUGAUCCGUCUGUCAAGAGGGCCUCAUGUCACCUUCUGGAACAAGACGGACAACCCAGAGCCCUGGAACAAGCUGGACCCGACCUACCAGUACAAGUUUGUGGCCAUCAAGACGGACUACAAGGGCCUGAAGAAAGAAGGCCCUGACUUCUAAAGGUCCUCCAGGCAGCUCCAGGGGCACCACGUUUGGCAGGACCUCCUGCUGUCGCCUCACGAAUGUGAAACGUCUUCCUCGAUAUUUCCUCAGUCUCACCUCAUGCCCUGCUACAGCAGCUCUGAAUUCACACAGUAACCUUGAGAAUAAAAAUCAUUAAAGAUGAAAUAAAGACA